AUUGGAAAGAAACUCUAUCAGUGUGUGGAAUGUGGAAAGAGCUUCAGUAGGAAGGGCAGUCUCACUUCCCAUCAAAGAAUUCAUACAGGGGAGAAACCAUAUCAGUGCUUUGAAUGUGGAAAGAGCUUCAGUUGGAGCACUGAUCUCACUUCCCAUCAGAGAAUUCAUACAGGGGAGAAACCAUAUCAGUGCUUUGAAUGUGGAAAGAGUUUCAGUCAGAACUCUAAUCUCACUUCCCAUCAAAGAAUUCAUACAGGGGAGAAACCAUAUCAGUGCUUUGAAUGUGGAAAGAGCUUCUGUCAGAGCUCCAUUCUCACUAAGCAUCAGAAAAUUCAUACGGGGGAGAAACCAUAUCACUGCUUUGAAUGUGGAAAGAGCUUCUGUCAGAGCUUCAAUCUGACUAAGCAUCAGAAAAUUCAUACGGGGGAGAAACCCUAUCAGUGCUUUGAAUGUGGAAAGAGCUUCAGUAGGAAGGAGAGUCUCACUUCCCAUCAAAUAAUUCAUAUAGAGGAGAAACCCUAUCAGUGCUUUGAAUGUGGAAAGAGCUUCAGUAGGAAGCAUAGUCUCACUUCCCAUCAAAUAAUUCAUAUAGAGGAGAAACCCUAUCAGUGUGUGGAAUGUGGAAAGAGCUUCAGGAGGAAGAACACUCUCACUUCCCAUCAAAGAAUUCAUACAGGGGAGAAACCCUAUCAGUGUAUGCAAUGUGGAAGGAGCUUCAGUCAGAGCUCCUCUCUCGCUAAGCAUCAGAGAAUUCAUACGGGGGAGAAACCCUAUCAGUGCUUUGAAUGUGGAAAGAGCUUUAGUCACAGCCGCAGUCUCACUUCCCAUCAAAGAAUUCAUGCAGGGGAGAAACCCUAUCAGUGCUUUGAAUGUGGAAAGAGCUUUAGUCACAGCCGCAGUCUCACUUCCCAUCAAAGAAUUCAUACAGGGGAGAAACCCUAUCAGUGCUUUGAAUGUGGAAAGAGCUUUAGUCGCAGCUGCAGUCUCACUUCCCAUCAAAGAAUUCAUACAGGGGAGCAACCCUAUCAGUGCUUUGAAUGUGGAAAGAGCUUUAGUCACAGCUGCAGUCUCACAUUCCAUCAAAGAAUUCAUACAGGGGAGAAACCGUAUCAGUGCUUUGAAUGUGGAAAGAGCUUCACUGAUAGCUCCUCUCUCACUUCCCAUCGGAGAAUUCAUACAGGGGAGAAACCAUAUCAGUGCUUUGAAUGUGGAAAGAGCUUCACUGAUAGCUCCUCUCUCACCUCCCAUCGGAGAAUUCAUACAGGGGAGAAACCAUAUCAAUGCUUUGAAUGUGGAAAGAGCUUCACUGAUAGCUCCUCUCUCACUUCCCAUCAAAGAAUUCAUACAGGGGAGAAACCAUAUCAGUGCUUUGAAUGUGGAAAGAGCUUUAGUCACAGCCACAGUCUCACUUCCCACCAAAGAAUUCAUACAGGGGAGAAACCCUAUCAGUGUUGCUUUGAAUGUGGAAAGAGCUUCACUGAUAGCUCCCAUCUCACUUCCCAUCAAAGAAUUCAUACAGGGGAGAAACCAUAUCAGUGCUUUGAAUGUGGAAAGAGCUUCACUGAUAGCUCCCAUCUCACUUCCCAUCGAAGAAUUCAUACAGGGGAGAAACCAUAUCAGUGCUUUGAAUGUGGAAAGAGCUUCAGUCAGAGCUCCACUCUCACUUCCCAUCAAAGAAUUCAUACAGGGGAGAAACCAUAUCAGUGCUUUGAAUGUGGAAAGAGCUUCAGGAGGAAGGACAGUCUCACUUACCAUCAAAUAAUUCAUACAGGGGAGAAACCAUAUCAGUGCUUUGAAUGUGGAAAGAGCUUCUGUCAGAGCUCCAUUCUCACUCAGCAUCAGAAAAUUCAUACGGGGGAGAAACCAUAUCACUGCUUUGAAUGUGGAAAGAGCUUCUGUCAGAGCUUCAAUCUGACUAAGCAUCAGAAAAUUCAUACGGGGGAGAAACCAUAUCAGUGCUUUGAAUGUGGAAAGAGCUUCAUUUGGAGCAGUGAUCUCACUUCCCAUCAGAGAAUUCAUACAGGGGAGAAACCCUAUCAGUGCUUUGAAUGUGGAAAGAGCUUCAUUUGGAGCACUGAUCUCACUUCCCAUCAGAGAAUUCAUACAGGGGAGAAACCCUAUCAGUGCUUUGAGUGUGGAAAGAGCUUUAGUCACAGCCGCAGUCUCAAUUCCCAUCAAAGAAUUCAUACAGGGGAGAAACCCUAUCAGUGUGUGGAAUGUGGAAAGAGCUUCAUUCAGAGAGCUCAUCUCUCUUUCCAUCAAAGAAUUCAUACAGGGGAGAAACCAUAUCAGUGCUUUGAAUGUGGAAAGUGCUUCAGUCAGAGCUCCCACCUCACUUCCCAUCAAAGAAUUCAUACAGGGGAGAAACCCUAUCAGUGUUGUGUGGAAUGUGGAAAGAGCUUCAGUAGGAAGGACAGUCUCACUUCCCAUCAAAGAAUUCAUACAGGGGAGAAACCCUAUCAGUGUGUGGAAUGUGGAAAGAGCUUCAGUCGGAGCUCCUCUCUCACUUCCCAUCAAAGAAUCCAUAUCAAGGUCGGAAAAACCAUUAUACCGCUUUAGGAGACAGGCAAAUCCGCACCUUGUUAACCAGACCUUUGUCUGAUUGACAUCUAAUUCCCUUUUAAAAUGUGGUGUUUUGUGUUUUUAUGUUGUAAUCAUCCUGAGACCUGUGGGUGUAGGCAAUAGGCGCUAACUCUUAAAGGCCCAGGGGUCUUUUUCUCCAAUAAAAUACUUGAAGAGACCAGGCCUAAAAAAAAAUUCUGUGUUUUUUCAUACGCAACCUUUUAUUCUUCCGUAAUUUGCCAUACAAUUU